GUAUAGCAUCAUGCUUCAGCACACACUGAUAGUUUUCCACAGUGACAAUAGGGCAAGGUGACAGAGCCGAGGUAUUAUAACUUUAUACAGCCACUGAGGUUUUCAGACUUCAGCAGUGAGCCGGUUGAGAAUGGGAUAGGGAAAUGACUCACCAAGACUGAUUACUUUCCUGUACCAAAUUCGCCUGAAUAAAAAAGAGAGCAGAAUGGAACAUGUCCUGAAUUGAAAGAAAGGCAUUGAUCUUGUAGUUGUUGAAAGGGUUUAAAUGUCACAAGCUAUUGACUCAGAGGGUGUUUACAGAUGAGGUUGGGAAUUCAAGACUUUGGUGGAGAAUAAGACAUUUUUGCUUAUAUACAAUACAAAGGAUGUUAGAGGAAAACACAAUUUCGCAGGAUUUAUUCUUCACAGAGUCAUCUAAAUCUUCUUCAUUUCUUUGUUAAUUCUUUUUUAAUCAAAAAUUUUAUUUUUUUUUUUUUUCUGAUCGAAAAAUUACUGAAAUAACAGAUAGUGUGAAAAUGUGUUACGUGAUAAUCACAUGUAGGUCCCUCGGCUGGACUUUACUGUCAAUCGCAGUCGCUUUGAUAAUUGUUACUUCAGUUGUCUCCCCAUAUUGGCUGAUUGGAAUACCAACAAGUUAUGGACUUGAUUCACAAAAUGAAAGUAUUAAGCAGAGCAGAGAAGAAUUCAUUCCAACUGUCGGAAUAUUUAAUCGAUGUAGAAAACUACAGCGAGGAUUAAGUUUAAUGAAGCGAGAAAAUUGUGCAACUUUCGUGACAGGAUACACUGACCCAGAUGAUGAUUUUCCUCAUGCCUGGAAGGCAGCGUUAGUGUUUUUUGCCAUAGCAGGAUUAUUGCUUAGUUUUGCUAUGAUUUUGGCAGUGCUGAGUCUGUUUGUACGUUCAUUCUUUGGAAAAAGUAUAUUCACAAUAGCUGGCCUAGUACAGAGUAUUGCAGGUUUGUUAAGUGUCCUAGGACUGGUGGUCUAUCCAGCUGGUUGGGGAUCUGACAGGAUAAAUCGUCUUUGUGGGGAAUAUGCCAAUCCUUAUAUCAUAGAUCGAUGUGAACUAGGUUGGUCAUUCUAUCUGUGCGUUGUCGGAACGGUACUGGUUUUUCUCUGCUCCAUUCUCUCUAUCCAAGCUGAUCAUUCCACCACAAGCAGGAAAGUUGAAGAGGAAGUUCUGGAGGGCAAAAAUCUUAUUUGUGUCAUAUGAUUAGCUGAACAAGAAAGAAUCUUUUUUUAUAAAAGACAAAUUUUACUCAGUUUUGAAGUCCUUUAGUAUCAGCUUUGAUUUAUCAUUACACAGAUGACAAUUAUACAGAUAGUAGAUAUGUGUUCAAGUUAUAUUUUUCAGCAUUGGUGUUGUGAACUUUUUAAAUAGAUUUCUAUGAACAAAACAAAGUGAUUAUUGUAAAAACUGGAAACUGAUUUGAUUAUUGAAUUCUGACAAUAUUUUGAAUACUCAUUUAUGCUCUAUUGUAUAUACAUUGUAUAUGUCUUGUAUUCUCAUUUUUAUGAAACAAUUCUGUGUUAUAAGACAUCAUAUGUAAUUGAACAUUCGGUUAAUCUGACCAAUAUGUUGUGUACCACAGGGUGUCAGAUGAGACAGGUUAAUGUGACCAGUAUGUUGUGUGCCACAGGGUGUCAGAUCAGACAGGUUAAUCUGACCAAUAUGUAGUGUACCACAGGGUGUCAGAUUAGGCAGGUUAAUCCGACCAAUAUGUAGUGUACCACAGGGUGUCAGAUUAGACAGGUUUAUCUGACCAGUAUGUAGUGUACCACAGGGUGUCAGAUUAAACAGGUUAAUCCAAC